AUGAGGAAUCCUCACUUAGAUGAAUCUAAUUUUUUGUCUAGCUCCAUAAAUGCUUUAAAAGAAGACAUCAGGGUUGGUGUGAAAGUGUUCAAACCUACUACUUUUAGGCUUGCAAUUGAGCAAGCUAAACUACAAGAAAGAGUCAUUGAAGUUACUGAGAGGAAGGCUAAAGGAACUGCCAAACUCUCAACAAAAUUCAAUAGUUAUCCUACCAGCCACCAAUGCCAGAAGAAUCAGUUGAACUACUUGAUGGGUGAAAUUGAAGUUAAUCCAAAAUGCCCUACUAGUGUUGAAGAUCCAUCCAUUGAAGAUUUGAUCAUUAAGAGUGAUAUAGAGCAAUGGUUUUGCAAAGAAUAUGAACCUAUGAACCUUGCCUUGUUGAUUGAUUCUAGCAGCACACAUAGUUUAAUUGAUGAGAGACCUUUUAAAGAAAUUACUUAUCAAGCUAGUUAUUGUCCUCCUGUGAGAGUGAUAGUAGCUGAUGGCAAUUAUGUCAUGUGUACUUCUCACGGCAAAGGCUUUAUGUGGAAAAUGCAAGGCAGGCCUUUCCAAGAAGAUUUGCUCAUCAUACCACGUGGAGGAAAUGAUCAAGAGGAUGAGACCAUUCAAAAAGUACCAGAACAAUACAAGGAUGUGUUUAUGGAGCCAAAAUCCUUACUAUCUGUCAGAGCCUUGGACCAUACUAUUCCUCUCAAACCUGGUUCUAUGCCAUUAAGUUUCAGACCCUACAGGUACAACUUUCACCAGACGGAUGAAUUAGAAAGGCAAGUUAAAGAAAUGCCUACUAGUGGCAUCAUUCAACAGAGUCAAUCACCAUUCUCAUCUCCAGUGCUUCUUGUCAAAAAGAAGGAUGGGACAUGGAGAUUCUGUGUGGAUUGGAGAGGCUUAAAUAAAAUAACUAUCAAAGACAAGUAUCCCAUUCCCAUUGUUGAUGAUCCGUUGGAUGAAAUGGUUUAG